AUGGAAAAAGAAAAUGUGAAGACGUUCGAGGUUGAUUCUUCCGACUCUGAUGAGAGUUUACCUGUUUCAUGCAGUAGCCCUAGUGGUACGAUUGCCGACUCACUUCCUUCCACAUCCCAAUAUUAUCAACAAAGUCUCUUAAAGCGCAAUUUAGCAUGUUCUGAAGACACUCCCGAUCAUGGCCAGGAGUCACCUUUUAGUAUUGGAGAUGGAAGUUUCAACACCAUUACUAACUCUCAGAACCUGGACAACGAUGAUCUUUUACAAGAAAUUCUUGGUGAAAUAGCGCAAGGCACCCCAUUACUAUAUCCAAGAAAAGGAAGAUCAACCCAUAGUCAUACU